AAGAAGAAGAAGGGUGAGUUCGUUCUAUCUUGGAUUGGAAUUGUGCGUUGGAGAGGGGAAGAAGCAGCUAUAGGUACUCGUCGGUCGGGAAUGGGUCUUUUCUCAAAAGUGGUCUUCCGCGGCUGCUGCUGCUGCUGCGUUUCUUCAAGACCCAACAACACUUUGUUAUGCUCUUCUCUGCUUCCUCCUCCCGGUUUCUCUGUCUUCACUUCCAAAAGGCUUUCUCUCCUCCUCUUCUCUUCUUCCACCACCACUAAAACGCAUUUAUCUAAAUCCCCUAUUAUCUCCUCUCAAGACAAGACUCUCGUGCUCACCAGAGAUGAACGAUUCCGAUUAUUAGAUUCUGACCAAUUUCCCAGCUCUACUACCAUUGCAGCUAUUGUCACUUCUUUAGGUGGUCCGCCAAGCGCCGUCGGGAUCGUUCGCUUGUCCGGUCCAUCCGCCCUACUUAUUGCAGCUCGUCUCUUUCGUCCUGCCCGAACCACGAACGUGUCUACAUCUGCUUCUUGGAAACCUACUAGCCAUGUUGUGGAAUACGGCGUCGUUUUGGAUCAGAACGGGAAUCUAAUUGACGAGAUCUUGUUGGUGCCCAUGUUGGCUCCCAGAUCCUACACACGGGAAGAUGUGGUCGAGUUGCAAUGUCACGGUAGUGACGUGUGCCUGCGUCGCGUGCUCAAGGCUUGUCUCGAAGCUGGUGCUAGGCUUGCAGAACCAGGUGAAUUCACUCUUCGUGCUUUCUUAAACGGCCGCUUAGACCUCUCUCAAGCUGAGAAUGUUGGGAAACUUAUUUCAUCCAAAUCCGUGGCUGCUGCAGAAGCUGCUUUGGCGGGAAUUCAGGGUGGAUUCUCUUCUAUAGUUAAAUCACUUAGAAAGCAAUGCAUAGAGUUGCUUACGGAGAUUGAAGCGCGUUUGGAUUUUGAUGACGAGAUGCCACCAUUAGAUUCGAAACAGCUUACGCAAACAAUCGAUUCAAUGUCCAGAGAUGUUGAGAAUGCACUGGAAACAGCCAAUUACGAUAAACUUCUAGAAACUGGAUUGCAGAUAGCAAUAGUUGGUCGGCCAAAUGUUGGAAAGUCCAGUCUUUUGAACGCUUGGAGCAAAAGUGAGAGGGCAAUAGUUACGGAUAUUGCUGGAACCACACGGGACGUAAUAGAAGCCAGCAUUACUGUGCAUGGUAUCCCUGUUACCCUUCUCGAUACAGCAGGCAUCAGAGAAACUAAUGAUAUUGUAGAGAAGAUUGGGGUUGAGAGGUCGGAAGCUGUUGCUAUGGGUGCUGAUGUUAUCUUAUUGACUGUAAGUGCCGUUGAUGGCUGGACUUGUGAAGAUUCUAUACUUCUCAACAGGAUUCAAGCAAAUAAGGAUGCAGUUGGAUCCUCUGCUCCGCUAGUGCUUGUAGUCAACAAAAUAGAUGCCGGUCCGUGCGGGCAGUCUGAUUGGACUGUUUCUUCUUCUGCACAUGGAGAGGCGUCUCCUUUCAGUAAGACUGUCUUCACAUGUGCUAUUUCUGGGCAAGGACUAGAUGAACUGGAGAGAGCAAUUUCAGGUCUGAACAAUAGUAUUCCUUCUGGAGGGCAUAAGUGGACUGUCAACCAGAGACAAAUGGAGCAACUCCUUAGAACCAAGGAAGCCCUAGUGAGGUUGAAGAGAUCUAUGGAGGAGGAGCUGCCUCUUGACUUCUGGACGAUUGAUCUGCGAGAAGUUGCAUUAGCACUAGGUCAGAUAAGCGGGGUAGAUGAUAUAUCGGAAGAAAUCUUGUCCAACAUAUUCGGAAAAUUCUGUAUAGGGAAAUAAUAGCGGCUGGCUAGAAGAAGUAACUGGUAUGUAUUAUGUAAGUACAUACAGUUAUUAUUGUGUAUGUGUAAUUUAUUUAUAAUUCCAAAACUCUUGUUGACAAGUGUUAUUAUUAUUAUUAUUGUUUAUGUCUAAUUUUAUUUAUAAUUCCAAAUCACUUAUUGACAAGUGUACGUAGUUGACAUCA